AAUCCACUUGAGGGACGAUCUGAAACCGAAACCAAACAGAUGGACAUUUGUGGCGCAUUACUCAUUACUCAUCUCAUCACUCGUCAGGUGCCCCAUGCCUUUGAGCUCCAUAAACCCUAGUAAAUGCUUAAACCCUUUUUGUUAGCUCUGUAAAAAUGGCCGGUUCAAGGGUUCUUUCCAGAUUAUCCACUUACUCACCAUCUCUCUCUUUCAAAUUCAAUGUAUCCAAGUCGUCAUUACCCAAAAUUUCUCCGUUGAAAUCGGGUUCCCAGUCCCAGAUUUCUUCUUCAGCAAAGCGCAUUUACCAAGCCUCAAGGUUACCUGUAGAAUUGAGCUGCUUGAUGUCAAUGUUGCCAUUACAUAGCACAACAGCUUCUGCUCGUCUAACGUCAUUACUUCCCAUCGAAUCUCCAAGUUGGGGCUUGGUUCCUCAAGGCAAAUCUAUGCCUUUAUGACUGCAUCCUUCUUGUCAUGGAUGCGGCAUGAAGAAUUUAUUGCUGCAUCGAUAUGUAUCUUUUUCCUGAACUUUAAUAUUUAAGGGCAAAUUGUGAUAAAGCAUCAAUCAUUGUAAUGAAGAAUUGGUAUGGCUUUGGGUGGAGGCGAGCUAAGGAAAUGACCUUUUUUUUUCAUGUUGGUGAAAAUUGAACUUUUGCAGUUUUCUUGAUCCAUUUCUAGUUCUUUUUGGGUUAUAAAUGAUGCAAUCUAAGAUGCUAAUUGUUAGGAUGAGGACUAAAUUCUUUC